AUGGAGAUCAGCAACAAAAUGCAAUUUCAUGGUGAGAAGAUGGAAGAUGUCACCAUUGUGGAGAAAAUAUUGCGUUCCCUCACACCAACUUUUGAUUAUAUUGUGUGUUCAAUUGAAGAAUCGAAAGACAUAGAUGCAUUCUCUCUUGAUGAACUGCAGAACUCCUUGCUGGCAAAGGCAGGAGACGAGAUCAACAUUUUGACAAAUCCAAGGUACAGUGAUUUAGAUGUCAUAAAUUUGAUCAUUAUCGGUUUUCAUUCUACAGUAAGUUUUGGUGAUUGUUCCACUGUGAGGGUGAUGGGAAAGGAUAAUAUUGAGAUAAGAAUCAAGAAUGGUUUUGUAGAAAUAAUUUCUAAUGUUCUUUACGUUCCUGACUUGAAAAGUAAUUUGUUAAGAACUGGUCAAUUGCAAGAAAAUGAUUAUGUAAUCACUAUUCAAAAGGGUGUUUGUGAGAUUUAUGAUCCUACUAGAAGAGCUAUUGUUGUUGUGCAAAUGAGUUUAAACAUGUUGUUUCCAUUAAAGAUUGAAAGUGUGCAAUCUUGUUUGGUAGCUGAAGUAAAAGAUCCUUCUUUGUUGUGGCAUUUUCAUUAUGGCCACUUGAGUUUUGGUGGAUUGAAGACCCUCCAACAGAAAAAUAUGGUGACAGGCCUUCUUCAUAUUAGUAUUCCUUCUCAAAAAAAAUCAGAAGCUUUUUGUGCAUUUAAAAGCUUCAAUGCUCGUGUGGAAAAUGAAACAGGAAAAACUAUUAAGACCCUUCGAAUAGAUCAUAGUGGAGAAUACUACUCAACUGAAUUUGAAAUUUUUUGUGACGUUCAUGGCAUUCGAAAAGAGCUGACAGCUGCUUAUACACCACAAAAAAAUGGUGUAUCAGAGAGGAAAAACAGAACCAUCCUCAAUAUGGUGAGAAGCUUGUUGGCAAGAGGGAGAAUUCCAAAAUCUUUUUGGCCUGAAGUAGUAAAUUGGAGUAUUCACAUCUUGAACAGAAGUCCUACAUUUGUUGUUCAAAAUAUGACACCAGAGGAGGCUUGGAGUAGAAGGAGACUAGCUGUAGAUUAUUUUAAAAUUUUUGACUGCAUCGCUUAUGCGCAUAUCCUAGAUGAGAAAAGGAAGAAACUUGAUGAUAAGAGGGAAAAAUGUGUUUUUCUUGGUGUUAGUGAAACAUCCAAAGCAUAUAAAUUCUUUAAUUCACUAACCCAGAAAAUUGUGACCAGCCGAGACGUUGUCUUUGAUGAGAAAAACACUUGGGAUUGGAAUGGGCAAGAACCCUACUUAAGUUCUUUUUUACAAUGA